GAGAGUGGUGAAAAAAGCUGUGAAAUGGUGUAAAAGAGGAGAAGGUCCAACCCAAGGCAGGGGAGACGAGAGGAGGGACGACGCGGGAGGAUUAUUAUUAUUAUUACCAUUAUUCUUAUAGUGAGUAAACUCCGAGUUUUGAUGCUGUCCGCACGGAGGUUUGAGCCAAUAACGGACUUAUUGGUCGGUUGAACCAUGCAGAGGCUGCUGCUCCUGAGUUUGGCGUUGAGUUUUCAAACUGUGUGGACGGCGAGGUUCUCUCAGGAGCCGGCAGACCAGUCGGUGGUGCGGGGCCAGAGGGUGAUCCUGUCCUGUGUUGUCUUCAACUACUCGGGCAUUGUUCAGUGGACCAAGGACGGCCUGGCCCUGGGCAUCGGAGAGGACCUCCGGGCCUGGCCCAGGUACCGUGUGCUGCGGGUCCAGGACUUGGGCCAGUACAACCUGGAGAUUCUGUCGGCCGAUCUGUCCGAUGACUCCUUGUAUGAGUGCCAGGCCCCUGAUGCCGCCCUGAGGUCCAGGAGGGCCAAACUCACCGUCCUCAUCCCCCCAGAUGACCCAGUGAUAGACGGGGGUCCGGAGGUGCUGCUGAACGCCGGCGAGUCCUACAACCUUAGUUGUGUGUCUCGAGGGGCCAAGCCACCCUCCAUGAUCGAAUGGCUCAAAGAUGGCCUGCCUGUUGAGGGUGCUGCCAGCACCACUGAGGUGCUUCCAGACAGGAAGAGGGUGACCACGCGGAGCUACCUGCCCAUCCAGCCCGUUGACACCGACACCGGGAGGAACUACAGCUGCGUGGCAACCAACCUGGCUGUUCCCACCGGCAAGAGCACAACCGUAACCCUCAACGUACAUCACCCACCGACAGUGACCUUGUCUAUUGAGCCCCGCUCGGUGCUGGAGGGGGACAGAGUCACCUUCACCUGCCAAGCCAAUGCCAACCCUCCGAUUAUGGGCUACAGGUGGGCAAAAGGCGGCGUGGUGCUGCAGGGUGCCAGGGAGAGUGUGUUCACUACCAAGGCCGACCACUCCUUCUUCACGGAGCCUGUCUCCUGUCUGGUCUUCAAUGCCGUGGGAAAGACCAACGUCAGCAUCCUGGUGGACGUUCACUUUGGUCCGAUCCUGUUGGUGGAACCCCAGCCAAAAACAGUAGACAUCGACUCUGACGUCAGCCUCAACUGUAAAUGGGCUGGGAACCCUCCACUCACACUCACCUGGUUCAAAAAGGGCUCAAACAUGGUUCUCAGCAACAACAACCAGUUGUACUUGAAGUCGGUGAGCCAGGCAGAUGCGGGCCAGUACGUAUGUAAAGCCAUCGUCCCACGGAUCGGAGUAGGAGAGACUGAGGUCACGCUCACUGUCAAUGGUCCUCCCAUCAUCUCCAGUGAUCCAGUCCAGUACGCAGUGAGGGGAGAGAGAGGAGAGGUGAAAUGCUACAUAGCUAGUACACCUCCUCCGGAUAAGAUUGUGUGGGCGUGGAAGGAGAACGUGUGGGAGAAGGAGAAGGGGACACUGUUGGAGCGCUACACGGUGGAGCAGAGCAAGCCGUCGGCCGAGGGCGGCGGCGUCCUCUCCACCCUCACCAUCAACAACGUCAUGGAGUCCGACUUCCUGUCCACCUACAACUGCACGGCGUGGAACUCCUUCGGCCCGGGAACCAUGAUCAUCACACUAGAGGAGACUGAGGAGGUCCCAGUGGGAAUAAUAGCUGGUGGGACAGUGGGCUGCACCAUCCUCUUGUUCCUCUGCCUGCUUGUCCUCGUACUUAUCUUCUACCGGCAGCGCAAAGGCAGUCGGCGCGGGGUCACGCUGGGUAAGCCUGACAUCAAGGUGGAGACGAUAAACAAGGAGACCCACAGCUUGGAGGAGGACUCCGGCAGCGUGUCCACGGCAUCGCGCAUGGUCAAGGCCAUGUACUCGUUUCUCCCCUCUGUGUCCUUCUCUCCCUCCAAUCAGCCCUUUAAAGACGACAUAGAGCUCAAGUCAGACCUCCGCAGUGACACCCUGGACACCCGCCAGGAGUAUGACCUGAAGGACCCCACCAAUGGCUACUACAACGUGCGAGCCUCAACCCAUGAUGAGGGCCGCCCUGCCUCCCGCUCCACCAUGCACUACUCUGACUACCGCUCCCCAGGAGGAACACCAGGAGGAGCCGCGUCCAUCAGCAGCAGCGCCGGAGGCUCCGGGGCCACAGCGAGCGGAGGCGCCCCCGGCCCCCCGGGCCCCCUCACCUCCCCUGGCCGCCCGCAGGCCUGCUACGACCCGCGGCCCCCUUCCAGACUGUCCCACAUCAGCUACGCCCAGUUCAACACCUUCACCCGGGGCGGCCAGAGCCAGCAGCCCCCGGCUAACCCCGCCCCCACAGCCAGCGACUUCCCAGGCGACUGCAGCCUCCUGGACUCCACCCCCCAGCUGGCCUACGACAACUACGGAUACCCCUCCCACUACCCCACUUACCGCAUGGGCUUCGCCCCGCCCAGCCUGGCCCCGCUGGAGGCUGGCCCGUCCUAUGAGAUGUACGGGGUGGGAUCCGGAGUGGCGGGCCCUGGGGUCGCGGUGGGACCUGGGGGACCCGCUCCCUCGGGCUCAGAGACUGGACUGGGGAAGUAUGGCAGCUCUACUCGCUUCUCCUACACCUCGCAACACUCCGACUACUCCCACAGCCGGCACACGCAGAGGAUGCAGACUCACGUGUGAGGAGGGAUGCGGAAUCGCCUCACACUCUUAGCAGAGCGUGGGGGGGGGCGUCUUAUAAAUAGCAUCACACUUGUAAACACAUGCAGCCACAGAUUUACACGCACUUGUUUCCACACAUGCACACAUACGACAUACACUAAACACACAGCUACAAAAUACACACAACACAUCACACCACACUCAUACGCACACACACACAAAGACACACACAUGCACACGGAGUCAGAAGAACAUGCCCAUGAGACAGGGAGGGUAUGAGAAUGACAGAGGCAGAGGGAAAGACGAGUGGAAAGAGUCUUAGCGAGACAGGGAAGGGAAAUUCCUCACAAUUUUGAAUUCCCUCACUCCCAAUGUGUUCAUAUAUCUGAGCUCUGAAAGAGCCAACAGCGCAAGUCACAAUCAAGACUGGGAAAGAGAGCAAGAACUAGCGAGAACAUAAGAGAUCAUAGAUCUUUUAAUCACAUAGCCUUUGCUAUGAACUUCGAUUGUUAAUGAUGAGCGGGAGCAUCUUAAGUCAAAACUUACUGUCACACAUGGUACACGCCGAUCGGAAGAAACCUCAACCAGUGGAAGGUCAUUUCUGGCCAGCAUUUUUUUUUUUUUUUUUUUUCUUCAUGUUUAAUUUUUCACUGGUUGUUUAAUUCAAUGAUCAUAGAGCACAUAUAUAUCCCAGAACGCCCUUCUCUACAGCGGCACAUGCUUUCAUGCCUGUCAGACGUCGGGAGAGGUGUGUGUGUGUGUGUGUGUGUGUUUUGGGGGAGGGAGGGAGGGGUGUCAUCGUUUUGCACUGCAUCUACAGUAUUCAUGCUUAGACAUCCCUUAUCUAUAUCUGUGUAAUGUCUCUUUUUAUUUGCACACCUGACUAGAGCUUUGUAUUCUAUUUUUUAACAUUACAGAAUUAUUUUUGUCAUAUUUCUGUAAAAUGUGUAAUAUGUGUGUGUAUGGACCAAAUGUUUAAACAUGAGUGUGUGUUUAAAAGAAGAAAAAAAAAGAAAAAGAAAAAAACAAAAGGCCUUUGCCUGGGUGAUAUUCACUGAGACAAAGUGAAGCAUGAAGAGCCUGAAUUCCUCCUACAAAUUGCCGGCAGGAUUUAGGAAGGAUUUCAGAUUGUAAAAGUGUAACCAGUAUAUAUGAAAGAGACCUUGUGCCAAGUGUUCAUAAUGUUCAUCACCAUUUAUAUGCAGUAGAAACCAUGGAGCUCCUUCUAUCGGCGAGCGUUGCUUUACAAACCAGGCUCUCGGGUCCUUGAGUCCCUCUGGACUUCUGAAGCGUCCAGAAGCCUGGGCCCUUCUCUCUGAGCUCUUAACUCGACGCCUGGUGCAGACAGAGAGAGAAACACAGAUGUUGGGUUUAGAACUGAGUGGCCUUAAAGGGGAACAUGUCGUACAUUUCCAUUUUAAUCAUUCCUCAUCGUCAGUCUGCCAAACGGCCGGAGGAGAAUGUGUAUGGAGAGGUUCAAUGAAGGCUUGUCCACAAUAUUGACAUAUAGUGGUGUAUGAUUGGGCGCGUGGGUGUGCGAGUGUGAGAGAGAGAGAGAUCAAGAGGGAGUGUGUGGGCGUCGGCGCGCACAUCGAUUUGUACAGCGUGUUUGUAUAGAUGUGUGAAUGACGGUGUGUGUAUGGGAAGCUAUACACACGCGACGCCCUCCUUGCGUGUGCGCGCGACUAUUGUAUGCAUGUCCAUGUGUAUACAGUAUGUGUGUGUGUGCAUGUCUGUGUGUGUCCACGUGUGCGAGUGCGUGUCUCAGUAUAUGUCCAUAUCAUUUCUCUCACAAUCCUGUUACAAUACUUUUAUACCUCUGGUAGGACUGUAUCCUGUAUUAUUGUGUCUUUGAAUUUAGAAAAAUCCAAUGAUUAUCUUAUUGUACUGUUCUUCGUAGCAGAGAAAAACUGUUCAAAAGAUGUACAACAAACGUUAUCAAACUCUCAUUUUUUAAUUUCAUUAUCUUCAAUAUUUUUUAAAAAUGGUAUG